CAGUCGUUGACUCUUGACGACAGCAGACCGGAAGCCCCGCUCCGUGGCUCUCUCUUCCUGCUCCGAGGGGUUUUUGCUCUUUUCUCUUGUUUUUAACUUAAAAACGUGAAAAGUUCCUGAAGCUGAACUCGACGGUGAAUGACGGGAAUGGAGGAAUUUCACAACGGAAACGAGGGCUCCUUCAACUCGGACGAGGCCGAUAACAUCGUCAAGGAGUGCAUCGAGGGCGUCGUGGGCGCUGACGACUACAGUCAGAACCUGGUGAACAAGUGGACGGCCAGCAUCGUGGAGCGCUGCCUCACACAGCUGGUCAAACAGGGCAAAUCAUACAAGUACAUCGUGACGUGUGCUGUGAUGCAGAAAACAGGAGCAGGACUCCACACAGCAAACUCCUGCUACUGGGACACGGCCAUGGACGGAAGUUGCACAGUGAGAUGGGAAAACCGCACCAUGUACUGUGUGGUCAGUGUGUUCGCUGUGGCCAUCGCGUAGAACACACACACACACACACACACACAACCACACACACUCAUCAACACACACACAACUGAACCCAAGAAGAGUAUCAUGCAGUGUGCCCCCAUGAACAGCAGGGGGGGCCACCACGUGCCACAACCAUCCAGCUGUUUGUGCAGCCGCAGAGAAGAAAACAUCUGGAUUUUCUCCUUCGGAUGCAAGUAACACAUCUCAACGUAUUUAUCUCCUCACGUCAGCGCUUCACCAGCUUCACCAGCUUCACCUUAUUUAUCACAGACGCCUGAAAACCUGCAGCCGCUCGACGCAGCUCGCUCUCUCGACAUUUACAUCAUGUCACAUGACUGCAGGAGAAUAAACAUCAAGAACAA